UUGGGCAAAUGGACAACUGCCUCGGAUGUACUAGCACCCAUCUCCCAGUAGAGGUAUCCGGAUUAGCACCGUAAUGAGAGUGGGGAGCGGGCUGCCUUUUGUGUUCUAACGCACUUCCCGCGCCAUCCUUCAGAAUAUCGCAAGCCAACGCACAGGCAAUAACCAUUUCACAGACCUGUACCAAUUUCCUUCCGCAAGCAACAGCAGAGGGCUGCAUGAUCAGCUGCAGGGGAUAUGAAAGGCAAAGGCAAUUGCGGGGAAAGCAUGGCAAAUAAGCAGGCAAACGUGCUGGAUUCCAUAAUAGUAGAUCCGCGUCAUACCACAGCUAGCACACACGUAACUAUAUGCAUGACAUGCACAAUGUCGCGUGAUGAGGUGAGAAGAAGCUUGAGGGCUAACUGGAAUUUCGAGGAUGACAAGACGCGGCACUGUGACAGUCCAGAUCGUACUUGGCUCUAG